UCAUUUUAAUUUCAUUCCUCCUCGGAUUCGGAUCACAUUUUUAGUAUAGAUUGUUUUGAGUACUACUUACAUUUUAAGUUAAGCCACCUCUUAAAAAAAUAAAACUCUAGUCACUAAGUACUAGAGGUAUAAAAUGCCAUCCACGUGUGUUUUUGAGUUUGAUCGCCGAGAGCCGAUUUAUUACAGUGGUGAGACUAUCAAUGGAAGAGCCAUUCUCACUACAACAUCCAGAAAAUCUGUUAAUGAAAUUUACAUCCAUUUCGAGGGCGAGGCUAAGGUGCGAUGGACUGAGCAGAGAACUAGCAGAUCCAAUGGUAAAACUGAAAACCGUACAGACUGUUUCCGUGGCAAAGAAACCUACCUGGAUACCCAAACGAAUGUCUUCGGAUCAGGAGAACUGGCUGCUGGCAGAUAUACAUAUACGUUCUGUAUUCCUUUGCCACUAGGGUGCCCUUCUUCGGUGGUCGGAAAAUAUGGAAAGAUAUCGUAUGAAAUCUCAGUCGUAAUAGAUCGACAGUGGCGCUUCAACAAUAUUUUUAAACAGCCACUGACGGUUCUACAAACUUAUAAUCUAAAUAUGAGUCCUCAGCUUUUGAUGCCCUUGGUUCACGAGGACGUCAAACACUUUUGCUGCUGGCCCUGCCGCUCCGGACCUGUAUUGUCCACUCUCACAGUACCCUUUGGUGGCUAUGCUCCUGGCCAAAAGAUCCACUAUACCUUGGAAAUCGAUAAUCAAUCUGCCGGUAAUGAUCUGAGUGGCAUUGAAGUUUGUUUAAAACAGAGAUACAAGUUUCACGCUCAACACCCGCAUCAUAAGACCCGCGAAAUAGAAAACAUUCUGCACAGGGGUUCGGUGGAAGAACGGGUGUUGCGGCUCUCUAAGAGGAUAAUCGAUGGUACCUUACAGAUUCCAUCAGUGCCACCAUCGUCCCGAAAUGACGGAAUCAUUUCAGUGGACUACCGCAUCAUUCUAACCAUCAAGAUGGGCGAUUGCGCAAUGAACACGAAUUUCCAUAUUCCGCUUGUCAUUGGAACCAUUCCCCUAAUCCAAAGUGCGGAAAAUCCUAGCAGCGCAGCGGAAUGGAUACCAGAGACCCCGGACACUCCUCCUGAUGCUGCUGCGGAUUUGCCACCCAGUUAUGACAAUUGCAAACCACCUCCCUUUGAGGAGGCAACUAGAUUUGGAGACCAUUUCAUAGAUAUCGAUGCCGAUGACCACAACCGAACGGAUGACUUUGUACCCCGUUAUCCGAUGUAUACAAAUUUUGCCCAGCCUUCGGCGCCCCCACCGCCAGAGGAUAUUGAAGAUGUGUCUCUAACGAACUCGGUUCCAGUUCUUUCGCUGCCGCCUUCUUCAACUGCACCAUCUAGUCCCCAGAAUGCAAAUGAAAAUACAACAAACUAUGGCUGGAAUACUUAGAGAAAGUAUAAACUCACUUUCUAAUUUUCAACCCAAUUGUGAUUAAAUCGAAUAACCUAAGAACCAAUUUACUCUAAUUGUUUCCGUUUCUUUAUCUAUUGAUAUUACUUUUAUUUAGCUUUUUUAAGAACAAAUUGUUAAGCGUAUUAUAUUUAUAGUACUUAUGUCACGGAUACAACGUUAAAAAAGUACCCACUUGCAUUUUUUUUGUUAUGUUGAUAACUUUUUUAAGAGCGGCAUAUAAAAAUAAUUUGUAUCAUCUCAAAUUAAGUGUUAAAGUAUACUCCAAAAUAUUGAUCAACAAAUGUGGAUUAUUGAUCAAACAAAAAAUAGAUCAUUUGGUU